CUUCACCUCCGCGCGCCGCAGCUGGCAGGCCAUGGUGGAGCAAGCCGACGACGCGCCGCUCCUCUUCUGGGCCGAGGGCCCGGCCGUUUCCUUGCCGGAGCCGGCCGAGCCCGGCGGCUGGGGGGGCUCCUGCUCCUCCUCGGCGUGGAGGAGCGGCGGCAAGGGGGAGCCGGUGGGAGCCGGUCCCGGGAGGCGACUCCAGGAGCAGGAACCGGCGCAGGUGGAGGAAGACCAGAUCGUGGCGGUGUUCGUGGUCACUUUCGACCCCCGCACGGGUAAUAUGGUUGAAUGGUGUUUGCCACAAGACAUUGAUCUGGAAGGUGUUGAGUUCAAAUCUAUGGCCAGUGGAUCCCAUAAAAUCCAGUCCGAUUUCAUUUACUUCCGGAAAGGCCUUUGCUUUGGUUUGGCUUGUUUUGCCAAUAUGCCUGUGGAGAGCGAAUUGGAACGUGGCGCGCGGAUGAAAUCUGUGGGCAUUCUUUCUCCUUCCUACACUCUGUUGUAUAGGUACAUGCACUUCUUGGAGAACCAGGUCAGGCACCAGUUGGAAAUGCCAGGGCAUUACUCUCACUUGGAAGCCUUUUACGAUGACAAGAAAGGAGUUUUCCCACCAGGCACUCUUGUUUCACAGCAACCCAUCCACUGGCUGCCUUCUAUCCACAAAUAUAUGUAUCCAGAGAUGAAGAUCACACACCCUGCAGGCUGUAUGUCUCAGUUCAUCAAGUUCUUUGGCGAGCAGAUCCUGACACUCUGGAAGUUUGCCUUGCUUCGCAAACGCAUUUUGAUAUUUUCUCCACCUCCUGUCGGUGUGGUCUGCUACAGAGUUUAUUGCUGCUGCUGCCUUGCCAACGUCUCCUUGCCUGGCAUUGGUGGGACCGUCCCAGAGUCUAAGCCGUUUUUCUACGUCAAUGUAGCCGACAUUGAAAUGUUGGAGACUGAAGUAUCAUAUGUGGCCUGCACAACAGAGAAAAUCUUUGAAGAGAAGCAGGAUCUCUAUGAUGUCUAUGUGGAUAACCAGAAUGUAAAGACACACCAUGAGCAUCUACAACCACUCCUGAAGAUCAACAGCGCAGACAAGGAGAAGUACCAGAGACUUAAUGAUCAGAGACAGAUGCUGAUGUACUCCCAGGAAGUAGAUGGUGACUGUAGUUCUUGUGAAGAGGACCUCUUCAUCUUGUUCUUCAUGGAGCAGAACAACCGGAUAUUUCAGACAUUGAUGGAGGUAUCAGCCAGCCAGGACAAGACAUUGACAGCUGACCAUGCCCGUGGAAUGGGCUUGGACCCUCAAGGUGACCGUAGCUUCCUCAUGGACCUCCUGGAAGUCUAUGGCAUUGAUGUCAUGCUGGUCAUUGAUAACCCUUGUUGUACUUAGAAGUGGUGGGUGCUGGAAGGGUGAGAGAUGCAGAAUUCACAUGUGAGUGGAUGGCAACAACUGUUAAAAGACUACAGGAUGAACUGGUGGAACUUGCCACAACUCAUAUUGUGACAUAUUGCCUUUUAUUUAAGGGAGCACUCUACAGAAAGUGUUAUUUAUUUUUAUCCUGUUAAUAAUUGUUUUCAAAUGGAUCUUAAAGAAGGUAUCAUUUUUUCUAUCCACAAUAGAUUGGCCAGCCAUGCUUUCUGUGAGUUCUGUAAAAGGGAUAGUCUGCUUCAUUAUCUUCUACCCCACCUGCUUCUAAACAACCCAGCAUACAGUUCUUCUGAGAGACUAAAUCACAUAUAUUGGCUGGGAAUUUGGAUGGGUGGAUGGGAAAAGCACUUUAUUCUCUGGGGACCAAUGUGAAAUUUUCAUGCUGCUUGAGCCUUCGUAACAUCCUGUAGGUGACAGAUCUUCCAAUUCCAAAAAUCCCUAAAGGCAUUUUUGUUUUCCUGUGACAUAAUUCCUCUUCCUUACCUUAUGCAUGUACAGACAUGCAUGUGCUUUCCAUAUGAUUCAGUUCAAUUAUGGCCAACAUGUAUGUUCAGUUUUUGCCUUGGCACAAGGAGGACAAGUUGUAGGGGACAGCUUUUUCUCCCGCUGCUUCAAAAGUAAUAAUUUUAAAAACCCUCACUUUGAAUUAUGUUUUUUUUCCUCCUAGCUUUGUUACUGUUUUAUAGAUCCAUUUUGAGAAAAAGGUCUUUGCUUGUCCCAGCUGAGUAACAGUUAGGAUCAGUUAUUCUUUGGUUAAGAGGGAAGAUCCAGUGUCACAAGAUCUCAUCUGAAAACAAUGCAAGUAACCUCAUAUCUCAGUUCCCGAAGCAGUUUGCAGAAUUUGUGGCUGUUGACUUAGUCUGCAUUGUUUCUGCUUCUGCUACCUGUAAUUACAAUGGGCCCUAUCUGCCAUCCUGUUAAUUUGAUCUGUCUUACUUCCUGGGUAGCAGUUGUUCUGAUACACUGGAAUUUGUCUUCUGUUACGCUAUGGAGUAUCUAGGUUUCUAAUAGGACCUAUGCCUGUAUUUGCAAAUCUCUACUGGAGUGAUAAUAGGAUAAUAUUGAAAAAAAGACAAGUAAAAAUAGUAAGGAGUGAUGAUCACUCCAGUGCCUUAUGCCCUUAAUGAUGGAUACCAUGAUCUAGCCAUCAUCAAGAGCACAUAUAAAUUUCUGAGAGCCUAGUCUGUUUCUUCAGCUUCUAGCUGAAACCCAAGCUUGUAGGGCUCUUUGCAGCUUUAAUCAUAGGUUAGGAAUACUCACCUGGUGGCCUCAGGUUCUCCACCUGUUCUCCCUUGCUUAGUCAUUUCAGCUGUUGUCUAUUAGGAAUUUUAUGAUACAUUCAAUAUUACAUUCAAUAUGUUCCCCCACUAUCCCUUCCUUUGUAGCAGAAGUGGUGCUGCUGUUGUAACGUUUGGGGCAUGUCACAGGGGAAAGACUAAUAAAGGCCUCCUUCCAGAUCGCUGAGGAAGUCAUGGAUGUUGGGUUCUUGGACUGGUCUAGUACUGUUGGCCCUGACAUCUUUGCUAAAUUCCAGUUAGACUCAAUUGGUGGCCUGUUACUGUAGCAUCUGAUUCUUACAUAGAGUGAAUUUUCUUGCUCUUCCAAAUAGAUGAUUUUGACUGUAGAGUCUUUUUUUGCUUUGGAAGGAGAGUUGGGUUGACUAGAUGUAUCUUUCGGUUUCCUGUCACCUUUGGCUGAAUAGUACUUUAUAAUUUACGCUAGCUACUGUCUUUAAUAAGUUGCGUUCUUGCUUGCUUUUUAGAAGUUUGUAGUCAUCUUCUGAUGUUUUGCUGCAUAGUUCUAAUUUAUUUUAGAGAGUGAUUGUUUAAAAAACUAAAAAAGCAAGAAUGCUAAGAGUAGGUUGGUUGAUGGAUGGAUUCGAUUAAUGAAUCCACAAAGCAUCACCUUGUUCAAUAUGGAAGGAAAACCUUCAUUCCAUGUUUAACCCUUUUUUCCUACCUCAUAUUUGUCUCGUCUGUAGGGGGUGGGUCUUCCAAUAUAUGGUUUUAAAUAACUUAUUUUAUAGAAUGGAAGGUAAGAAUUAGAAGGCAUUAAGCUGUGUAUUGAGCAAAUGAUUCUCUGUAAUUAGAUGCUAAGUUUGAUCCUCUUGGUGUCCUUUGUGCUGUAUAUGGGAUUUGUACACUGAACAAACUUUUAAAUUGGUAUCUUUGCUUCUUGUUUUGCUAAGCUGCCACAGCGUACAUGCCACAGGAAUAUCAUGCUUGGAGCUAGGGAGGCCCAGAAUGAGAAUCCUGUACAUCAGGGUUUCCAGCAAUGGCUCUGUUGGCUGAGGAAUUUCUGCACAUGUAGAAAUGCCAAGAUUGAGAAACAUUUCUAUAGAUUACCCAUGGAAAAGAGAAUAGAAGCAAUCAGACUGAGUUGUCUUCGGUGUUUCUUUAUUACACUAUAGGCAUGGUGUUGUCCAUCAAUACAUGCAAUGAAUAACUAUAUCUCAGAUACAGAACAUGUUAGAAGGAGCAACUGAAACUGGCUCUGCUCUGCUGAUACUAGCUUGAUGGCUAGAAAUUCAGCAGAUGAAAAUUUGAUGCAUUCAUGGGCAUGCUACAAGAAGCUGCACUAUUUAAACUGAAUGAAAUGGGUUGCUGCUGCUAAAGAUAGAGCAGCUGCGCUAGCAAAAAAGAAGAAAAAGUUGGCAAGAUAUAGGGACAGGAUUGGGCGUGAUUGUCCUAACCAUCUGUCAUAAGCUACACCUCACUCACUGGGCACCUUUACAAUCUAUUUGUCCAGCUGUUAAAUGGGACACAGAAGAAUGUCUCAUCUUACAGGCAAUGUUUUAUUUCCUUGCUUUGAAAGCACAAGCAGUUUCCUGUUCCAAUGGACAUAAAUAUUUUAUCAUUUCUUAAAGACACAGCACUUCAUUCCUCUGCUGCUUCCUUCAGAGGAAGCAGAGUUGAGAUCAUGGAAAAGCAGAAAAUCUUUGAUGUUGUGGCAAAAGAGAGUGGCAUAUUUAGAAAAAAUACAGAGGAAAUGUUUGCAGUGCAGCGGCUUUUCCUAACCUGGGGCCUCCCUGCUGAAUGGAGCGUUGGGCUGAGGUCUUGCACACUCAAGAGGGCUCCAAGUGGGGAUGGCUGAUGAAAUGAAAGAAAUCACCACAGGGGUAUAGGACCUUUGAUGGGAAAUAUCGAUUUUUUUUCUCCUGUAAUUCCUUUCCCUUCGCUCUCUUACAACCUAACUAGCCAGAGUAGUGGGAUAUGUGAUGGCAUUCUGGUUGCAGCUGAGAGAUUUCUGCUGCAGCAAAAUGAUUGCCAAAUUAAUAAGUACAACAAACAGUAUUUAUUACUCUGCAUAAUUUAGCUUGGCUUUUCCUAGAAACAGAGGAGAGCAAGCAUGAAGUAUGCAGGAGGCCUACCUGCCCCUGAGACCUCCCAAGGUUCUUGCUGCUUGACUUUUUAAAUAGCAUUGAAACUCUGCUCAUGAUGCCUAAUUCUGUAAUCUGGAGGGCUCAAAAUCACUUCUACAUACUAUAGAUAUUUAGGUAGAGGUGAGUAACCUAUAGACCGGUGUUUCUCAACCAUGGCAGCUUGAAGAUGGGUGGACUUCACCUGCCAGAAUUCCCCAGCCAGCCAAUUCUGGGAGUUGAAGUCCACCCAUCUUCAAGUUGCCAAGGUUGAGAAACACCGGUCUAUAGGCCAUGACCUGCAUUUUGCCUCCCUGCUCUCCAAGACAGUUUAUGAAAGUUCACUAGUAGAAUAGCAGAUUUUCACUGGUAUUAUUUUUUUGUAUUCUUUAUUGAAACCUUUAAACCACCACCGCCCCUCCAAAAGCACUAGUCUGAAAUUUUGCUACUGAAGUUUAGUCUUCUAGCUGCUGGAUUUUGGCACCAUGUUUCAAGCUAUUUGCGUCCUUUACACGGGGAGGGAUUCAGGAUGGAAAUGAAAACAGAUGAUCUCCCCAAGGUUUUUGUAAAAUGUUUCAGCCAUAGUUUGUAUAGUAUUAGCCCUGGGAAGAGCAAGACGACAUUUGCCUACGAGUGUUUGAAUUACACUUUGGAAAUGAACUUUUUUGGUUUUGCUAGAAGGAAAAGUCUGAUCCUUGGAUGUGUGAAGCUGUGCGUGCCUCUUUCUUUUGCCUGCCUGCCUGCCUUGUGAGUUUGGGAAGAGCACUUUUGUGGCAUCUACAGGAAAUAUGCCACUGUGAUUAUUUUUGCCAGGUGCUAUUUGCCCAAGCCAAUGGUUACUAUUCAGUUUCCUCAAUGAUGAUCUUAGCAUUGUUAGUUCCUUUGCCCACAUUUAGGAAAACAUGGUCAGUUUGCACCCCCAGCAUUAUACCGCUGUAUAAUAAAUUCACUGUAAAGUGAACUAGAUAGGCCUCCAUCUAAUCAAAGGCAGCUUUGAAAUACAGCUUUCAUCUUGAAUACAACAGCUGAAGAGACUUCUUAAGACCAGGUUGCCUAGUGAUGAUUAAUGUGAUUCAAAUUCUCUUAACUUGAAAAGCCUGCCUUGGACAAAGCUUGCGGGGGCAGGUCUGGGGUCAGCUGCAACCUCCUCUUCACUAUUUUGGGCCCAUUGUACAUUGGGUUGCUCAGUGGAAAGGGGUCUUUCUGAUGUAAUGUUUUUAUAUUUUUGCAAAGACUGGAAUUCUGCCAGACCUAAUUGAUGCUACACUUAGGGUUCUGUUUUGCCUCUAUAAGGAUAGGCCCUUAGAGAAUCUGGUAUUUACACACAGGUACAGCGAAUGGAUUGCUGAUGUUCCCCCUACUGUACAGAAUUAAAGGUGCAGUUUCUGCAUAAAUACAGAUGAGGCAGAAAUUACUAUUUAAUACAGAGCUUGCAACACACACUCUCUUGCCUGUGAGAUCGUUCUAAAUAUUUUUCCAGCCCUUUAUUUAAUAGCAGAAAGUUAAAGUUCUAGAAGAACACUUUGGCACUGAGCCACUUUUAAAAAAACAAACAUUUGGGCCAUAACCACUCCCUAGUACCAAUUUUACAUAGCCUGUAUGUUUAUUCUUUUUAUAAGUAUAUUUCCUAGCACUGGGCAAUUCACACACAUACACGUAGGUCAUUUGACAAAAUAGCAGCUGAAUAGAUUAAUUCGUCCUUAAAAGAAUGCUGUAUGUUGCUAGGACUUGCAGGGAACGUAAAAGGUUGGCUCUUCACACCCAUGGAAAUCAGAGGUGAAGCAAGCCAAAAUUUCAUCUGUAAGUUAAUAGAGUGACUUAUUCCUGUGAAAAACAGUUGAUGGAUUUACUUGUAAGGUCAUACUAACUUUGUGCAACAAACAGAACAUGAUAUUAUAUACAUAUGUCUGCCUCCUUGAUCUAAAUGACAAAGGGAAUCAGCUACAACCAGCAAAUUAUGUGUUGCACAGGAAACUAUUAAAUACAAUAAGGUUGUGGUGGUUUCUGCCUGUCUUUUUAAAAGAAGCUUGCUUCUUCCCCCUCAAAAGUAGUUGUAGCACAGUGGAAGAGAAACUGCCUAAGUGUAAACUAAGUAAAUUCCAGCACCACUGUUCAGAAGUUACUGUUGGUGACACAGGGUGGAAAAUAUAGCUGCCUGCCUUUUUCCAGUACAGUUAGGAUGCUCAGAGAAAUGCCAGUGGGACCUCCCACCAUUAUUUUCCUAACAACUCAGAGGGGAGGACUAGCACACCACCUAGUGCCAUUUGGGGGCCCUUUUUUGUCAGGGUGGUUGAGUGGUUUUAAAGGGGGGAAUCAGCCUUAAGCCUUGCAGAUAUUUCUGGUGCACCCCUUAAAAACUCCAACCUGCCCACAAUUGUAUUGGGUUUUUUUCCUGUUGGGGAUGGUUUAAGGAGCUACGGGGGUGUUGUGAAUCUCUGCAAGGCUUAAAAGACUCCAGGGAUGGCGUAUCGCUGGCCACUAUGGCCCACCAGGCAGUCCCACGGGAGGGCAGAUUUUCAUCAUGUAACCUUUAGGCUGAGAAAGCUCCAAUAUAUGUCCACCAUUAGCUGUGUAAAUUUAAGGUAUGGUUUAGGCUUAAGUGUGUGACUGUCCAAUUUUUUCUUGAAAAAAAAGAACUAAAUAACCUCUGGAGUAUUGAGGAGAGGAUCUCCUCCUCCUCCUAUGAAAAGAACAUAUAUAACUUGUUGCAUAAUAACUGUGAUAUUCCACCUGUUUUCAAUUAACUCAAGUGUAUAAACUUCAUUUUGAAAACAUGCUAAGAGUGAAUAUGACUUGAUGGGCAGCUAGGACCCUCUCGCUAACUUGUGACUGAGCACUUUUCCUUUAAACUAUACCAGUGGCUUCUCUCAGUGAGAGAGAGAGCACUAACUUUGUGGAUUUCAUUGCUAAUGUAGAGCCCAGAAAAGGACUUGUGUACAUACUAUAAUGGUCUUUUUUACCGUAUUAAAACUCACUUUUAACACAGA